AUGGAAAUAAAUAAUUUCCGAAACGUUGCUGCUACUACUUUGUUUCAGGAAGCUUUGCUUCACAUAUUGAAACAACCACCAGGAAAAGUACCAAUGGAAGUAUUAGUAACAAUCCUGCAUUGUUUUGCUGUAUGCGCUGUUGCGGAAGAUACUCGAAUGAAAGCAUUAGAUACAGAUUUUAUAGAACCGACUUUACAUCACUUAGAGUCUCCUGAUGCACAACUUUGUGUAGCAGCUUGUUUUUGCUUGGGGGCUUAUUCGUGUGAAGCUCAUGUUCGUGAACGUUUCCUAUCGGGAAAAGGCCCCGCAAGGCUUAUGGAAUGCCUCAAAAGCCCUUAUAUGCCCGUCCGCCAAGCUGCUUCAUCGCUUUUACAAUUAAUGGGGUUAGAUGCUAAAGUUGCAGACGCAUUCAUAACCACCGGAAUUUUGGAUUGGAUGAUGGGGCAGAAGAAAACCAAAAACGCGUGUCCUACAUGGGAGACUGCAAUUGAAACCCUCUUCAAAAGCUGCCUACCAGCAAAGUUUUUUUAUUUGGGACACGUUGAUAUGCAGGACAAUACAGGAGAAGUAUUUUAUGUGAUGAAAAGGUUAAAUAAACCAUUUAUGAUUCUGGAUGAACUUUUAGCCAUACGAGCUUCUCCUAGAUCAAUUAUGUUGGUUGCUAACUUCGGCGACGCAGAUCAAAGGUUCAAGAGAACAGACGUGGAACAGUUACCAGAAAGUCAACAGACUCAGGUUCGCCAAGGACAAGAGAAGAAAGUGACAUUGGACCUCUCUUCUAGUAUUAUUCCAUUGGGGUUUAUCAGAGUUGGGAUGCAUUUUGAACGAGCAAUGCUUUUCAAGGUUUUGGCAGAUCAAGUAGGCAUACCUUGUGCACUUGUUAGAGGAGAAUACGGAAGAACCUGGAUUGAAGUUGCUGUUCCGGAAAUAGAGCCCAUUGAAGUAAACCACUCAUUGCAUGUUGAAGAUCUGCCAAAACGACUUCUCAAACCAAAUUGUGUGGUAGACCUCAUGGAUGAACCUGGGAAAUUGUUAAAAAUUGGAUCUUUUGAGGCAGCAAGAUACUGUGCUCUUCCUUCAGCAUUAAUUUAAAUUAUAAUUUAGAACACAAAAAAUAUUACAUGAUAAAACCAUACCUAAACAUCUUGAAUGUUCAUAAUUCGUAAGUUUUCACCUACCUAACAUUUUGGAGUGAACUUACAUAUUUCUUAAACAAAGGCUUCAUGAGGGCAGAUUAACACUUUUUUAAAAAUAAUUUUCAUUGAGGAGUACUGACCUCCUUCUUUCUGAUUCUUAAAGCUAUUCACUGUGGCCCUGAAAUUAAAAUUUCAGUGGACUUGCAAGUGAAAAUAUUUAAUAACAUGCAUAAAGUGUGAGAUGGGUAUUCCAUUAGUAUUUUGUGUUUACAAUUGCUCAUGUAUAUUGAAUGUGAUUAUUUUAGGCAUGAAAACUAGUGUUAGUCUUCAAAUGGAAAAUAUCAUAACAUUCAAUUUUUUAAUUACAAAUCGUACAUGAAUUGAGAUUUAUAAAUGGAACAAAUACAAAGUUAACAUUACAGAACUAUUUAUCAUUUAAUUUUUGCAUCCAAUUUUCAAAAAUAAAUAAAAAGAUGAUAUCUCUCCACAUAUUAAUUAUAAAAUUUAAUAGUAUAUUUGAUACUGCAUUCAAUUACUAUGU